AUGACUUCUAAUGGUUCCACAAUUACUAAGGAUGGACUUUCAAACGUUAACGUAACUGCAGCUCUUGACGUUGAAGGUAACGUUCCUCUGGAGAGUGUUCAACUCGAUGGACUGGUAGUUUUAAAAAUAAUUAAACAUUGUCGAGAAUUUUUUCCUAGUCCAGUUACUGGUCAACUUCUCGGGCUUGAUGUGAAUGGUGUCCUGGAAGUGACUAACUGCUUUCCUUUCCCUGGAUCAAAGCCCGAUGACGAGAAUGAAAUUGUAGAUGGUGCUCGAUAUCAAGUAGAUAUGAUGCGGUGUCUCCGCGAUGUCAACGUAGAUCAUAAUACUGUUGGAUGGUAUCAAUCGACAUAUCUAGGAUCUUUCGUAACGCAUAAAUUGAUUGAGACUCAAUACAAUUAUCAACAAACAUUUAACAACAAGAGCGUGGUCAUUGUGCAUGAUGUUUCUCGGUCAACACAUGGAAAUCUAUCUCUCCGUGCUUUUAGAUUUACUCAAGCGUUUAUGGAGGCACAGAAAGAUGGAAAAUUUACCACCGAAUCACUUAUAAAGAACAAACUCACUUUUUCCACUAUUUUUGAAGAACUUCCCAUUACGAUUAAAAAUUCCCACUUAGUGACUGCACUUCUUCACUCAUUGGAUGAUUAUGAACAUGUUAUUCCAAAAGCUUCCUCGUUAGAUAAGGAGACUGUAGUUGGUCCUUUGACCCCCAAUUUUGAUACACUGGAAUUAAGCCUCGACCCAUAUAUUGAAAAAAAUUUGGAAUUUUUAUUGGAGGCAGUAGAAGAACAUAGUCAGGAACAAAGCAACUUUGCAUUUUGGCAAAGAAGCGUUGUUAGGGAGCAAACUAAGAUGCAGGCUGCUCUACAAAAGAGAGUAUGUAUUUUAACAAUUUUAUAUUUUAUAACAUUUCAUUCGUCAAAAUUUAAUGACUUUGUUCAUUUUAAAAAGAAACAAGAAAAUACACAUCGUAUUUCUUCUGGGCAGGAGCCUCUUCCGGAAGAAGAUAUUAUAAAGUCGUUUAAAUUUCCACCUGAGCCAUCAAGAUUAGAUUCUUUAUUAAUUACCUCUCAAAUUAAUAAUUAUUGUAAACAAUUAAAUCAAUAUGCUGGACCAACACUUGGAAAACUUUUUGUGGCUGGAGAAUUUCAAAAAUAA